AUGGAUUCGUCCUUGGCGGCGGUUGACAAUUCCUGCGGGCGCCCAUCCAAAUCGCCUGCGACUUGGGCUAAAGUGGUCGCAGCAUCUUCAGAAGAUUCUGCUCCAAGAAGGAAGGCUGACAGCUCGGUGGAUAAUACAGGACCAGGCCCACAGCCUCUGAGAGGCAUGUCCGGAUUCCCCGCCCAACAACAAGCUCAGGCGCGAAAUGCGACGUUGGCCUCGGCGCGCUUACCAAACGGCAAAAUUGGGAAUACCGCUAAUUGGAAUUUCGGACUGCCUAUGGGAGGCGCACCAGGCCUUCAGAAUAAUCAGCAACGUAACAUGGGGACCAUGGGGAGCUUCGCACAGAGCCUAGGAGGAUCGCAGCCCGCAACUCCUCUGGAUCUUUCGGAAUUCCCAUCGUUGUCUGGAGCACCCCCGCAAUCGCAGUCUCAAGCCCCUGGACAAGCAGUAUGGGCCAACGCAAGCCAACGUGCAACACAGCAGACCCCAGUCCAACGACAACAACCUCCUUCAUCGCAAGCGCCGUCACGAGCAUCGCAAACACAGUCUCAUUUGCCUCAGCAGCAAUCCCAACCUUCACACGAGGAUCUUUUCCCGUCAGGAGCACAAUUUGCGAACAGGCUCGACGAUUUCCGCAACGGUGGUCGAGGAAUCAGUGGCCAACUCGGUGCUAGCAGUCAGCCUCAAACGGGCAAUAUUGAAGAAUUUCCGCCCUUAGGAAGGAAUGUCCAUGGAGACCUAGGCCAGGAACGAAGGGAAUCAUUACUUCAGAACGCGGGAUUCGGAAACUACGCCAGCAACAUUGCAUUUUCUGGAAUAAAUCAGACACAGUCAGCCCAAAAUCGCAACAUGAUGGCAGCAUCCAUGAACGGGCAGGAGACCGCCAGGAUCAUGUCACCAACAGCUACAGGCAUGUCUGCAUCGAGAUCGCCUAUCAACCAAGGAUCAAAUGGUAUUCUGAGUCAAGAUAAAGAGGACUUGAGCGGCUCCAUUUCUUCCAACCAACGUGCCGCUUUCACUGAACAGGCAACUCAGGCGCAGUUGCAACAGAUGCAACAGCGCCAGCAGCAAACUGGGGGUUCUUCAGCCGAAGGGCAAGACUCAGCGGGAGCUACCCAGAGCGCUGAACAGCCGCCUUUAUCUCAAAUGAGCGAGAUAGACAGAUUUGGUCUUGCUGGAUUGCUACGAAUGAUCCAUAGCGAAAGCCCAGACGUCGCUAGUCUUGCAGUAGGUCAAGAUCUGAUGACUCUCGGCUUAGACCUCAACCAGCCUGAGCCACUUCAUCCAUCCGUUGCCUCCCCCUUCGUCUCGUCCAUGUCAACGGUGCCUUUGGAACAGGAUUAUUCCCUUCCUUCUUGCUACGCGGUGGCAAAUAUCCAACCUCUUCAGUCUCGCAUCCCGAGCUUCAGUGAUGAAACUCUAUUCUACAUAUUCUACAGUAUGCCGCGAGAUAUAAUGCAGGAACUCGUAGCCGAGGAGCUCAUGGGCCGCAAAUGGAGAUACCACAAGGUGGAAAGAUGUUGGUUGACGCGAGACGAAACUUACCCAGGACCCGUGGAUGUGGAGAGGGGUGUAAGCGAACGAGGCGUCUACUUGUGGUGGGAUGCCGCGAGCUGGAAGAAGAUUCGGCGAGAGUUUAUCCUUCGCUAUGAAGAUCUUGACAACAGGCUGGACCCAAACAGGAGUAUCGCACGCACUGUCGGCUUUCCGCCUCAUGCUUCAUGA